AGCGAAAACAUCGGCUGAAGUACCACCACUAUUUCGUAUCCAUCUUGACAAAAAUUUUCGCAAAAGAAAUAAAAGUUAGCAAAUAACAGCGUUUACGGAUAACAAAUCGCCACUAGAAUAACUGGAAAACAGCGAACAUGGGCAGCAACGACAGAGCAUCGAGAUCACCGCGUUCGGAUGAUCAGCGCGAGAUCAGCGAUAUGCCGGCCACCAAAAGAUCGCGCUCCGACUCGGGCAAGUCCACGGAUUCGAAAAUUCCCUACCUUUCGCAGCCCCUGUACGACCUCAAGCAGACGGGCGAUGUCAAAUUUGGUCCGGGCACCCGAUCAGCGCUCCUCGGUCUUCUGGGCGGCGCCCUGCCCAAGCUCUCAUCGGAGCAGCACGAUCUGGUCAGCAAGGCCAAGAAGUACGCCAUGGAGCAGAGCAUCAAGAUGGUGCUGAUGAAGCAGACCUUGGCCCACCAGCAGCAACAGUUGGCCACUCAGAGGACGCAGGUUCAGCGACAACAGGCUUUGGCACUCAUGUGCAGAGUCUAUGUGGGCAGCAUUUCGUUUGAACUCAAAGAGGACACCAUCCGCGUGGCCUUCACACCCUUUGGUCCCAUCAAAUCCAUCAACAUGUCCUGGGAUCCCAUCACGCAGAAGCACAAGGGUUUCGCCUUUGUGGAGUACGAGAUACCCGAGGGCGCCCAGUUGGCGCUGGAGCAGAUGAAUGGCGCUCUGAUGGGCGGCAGGAACAUCAAGGUGGGACGUCCGAGUAAUAUGCCACAGGCCCAGCAGGUCAUCGAUGAGGUGCAGGAGGAGGCCAAGAGCUUCAACCGCAUCUACGUGGCCUCCAUCCAUCCCGAUCUCUCGGAGGAGGACAUCAAGAGCGUCUUCGAGGCCUUCGGGCCCAUUCUCUACUGCAAACUGGCCCAGGGCACCUCACUGCACACGCACAAGGGCUAUGGGUUUAUCGAGUAUGCCAACAAACAGGCCAUGGACGAGGCCAUAGCCAGCAUGAAUCUCUUUGAUCUGGGUGGUCAGCUACUGAGAGUGGGUCGCUCGAUUACGCCGCCGAAUGCUUUGGCCUGUCCGACCACAAACUCCACAAUGCCCACGGCUGCCGCGGUGGCUGCAGCAGCGGCAACGGCUAAGAUUCAAGCUCUGGAUGCGGUGGCCAGCAAUGCGGUGCUGGGAUUGUCGCAAAACACACCUGUUAUGGCCGCCGGAGCGGUGGUUACCAAAGUGGGUGCCAUGCCAGUGGUUUCGGCAGCCACAUCGGCGGCUGCACUGCAUCCUGCUUUGGCUCAGGCGGCACCUGCCCUUCUUCCGCCCGGCAUUUUCCAGGCUCCCUCGCCCGUGGCGCCCAGUUUGCUGGGUGUUCCCGCCGGACUGCAGCCUCUUCAGGCGGUGGUGCCCACUCUUCCGCCUCCCGCCCUCCUGGCCACGCCCACGCUGCCCAUGACUGUCGUCGGUGGUCCACUAGUGCCCACUGUGGCCACUUUAACCGGCGUGGAGACCAGCAAUGGAGCAGCAGCUGCUGCUCUCUCGGCCGCUGCGAAUAAUGCCGCUGUGACGGCAGCAAAUCUGUCGGAGAACAUCAAGAAGGCCCACGAGAAGCAGCAGGAGGAGCUGCAGAAGAAGCUGAUGGACGAGGGCGAUGUGCAGACGCUGCAGCAGCAGGAGAACAUGUCCAUCAAGGGCCAGAGCGCCAGGCAGUUGGUGAUGCAGCGGCUCAUGCGACCCGUGGACUCGAGGGUAAUCAUUCUGCGAAAUAUGGUCGGUCCCGAGGAUGUGGACGAAACGCUGCAGGAGGAGAUCCAGGAGGAGUGCAGUAAAUUCGGCACAGUCAGCCGGGUGAUCAUCUUCAACGAGAAGCAGACGGAGAACGAGGACGACGACGAGGCGGAGAUUAUCGUUAAGAUCUUUGUGGAGUUCUCGGCCGGAGCGGAGGCCAUGCGAGGAAAGGAGGCACUCGAUGGAAGGUUCUUCGGCGGCCGGAGAGUCGUCGCCGAGCUCUACGAUCAGGGGAUUUUUGAUCAGGGAGAUCUAUCCGGUUAGAAGGAGGAUUUGAGAUGAUCCCCAUCUUUGUUCUGUCAUUUUUUACGUAGCACCUAAAAACGCAAAACGAUACAAGUUUAUUUAUUACGCCAGUCCCGGAAACAACCGACCAUUGUUGAGCGGCGCGGCAGCCAGAUUACAAUUAUGAUUAUGAUGAUGAUGAUGAGAUGAUGAUUAUUCUGCAACGCAGUGAUUUAGAUUUAAAAACCGAGAGAUCCCCGUAGCGAGGACAGCAAUGUUCAGUGUUUUUGUAUUAUUGCUUGCCCUCGAAACACAGAGAACCACAAAUGGAAGCCCCAAAAAGCACACAACGGCCGACUAACAACGUGUACAUUUACAUUUGAUUAAUUUCAGCGCUUAACUUACAAAAUAAAUAAUAGUUUCCCAUUAAAA